AUGACUUCGUACCGACCGUACAACAUCACUAUUGCUGACUGCGAGCCCCUCUUCCAGUACUCACCCUCGCGCGAUGGGCCGAGUGAUUCUUCGUGGAACGUCCCCUUAUAUAGCGGAGCGAUACAGCACUACACAGCCUCCUCUCCGGGUGCCUCUGUCCAAUUGAUUUGGACAGGUACUGCAGUCUGGAUUUAUGGUAUCGGUAACACUUCAGACUACGAAGUCCGGAGCGAUUCCGACCCAACCCCAACGCGCGUCCUUAAAGCCGCUGAUGAUACUAUUCUAUACAGCCAGGGAGGGCUGCUUUAUGGGAAACACCGGGUGAACAUCGAUGUCACCGGAGGUUCCGUAACUAUCAUCUCAGCGACGACUACAGUCGGCAUGGGUGAUCCGAACACACAUCUUGGGAAUCGCACCAUCGCUGCGGUAAUUUCGUCGUCUUCUGGCGAAACCGCGCUGAACCCGAUGUUCUCGCCAUCUGAUGACAACCAAUGGUCAAUUCCUGUUAGCUCGAGUGCUAUCACUGCCGUGUACCUCGAGACAUCUGCUCGUUACGCAUCAAUAUUCUUCCAGGUCAACUCCUCAGUAGCUUUUGAACUCUACGGUGUCAUCGGCAGCGAACAUGGCGCGUACAGCGUCGCACUGGACCCUCCCGCUCCCAACACAGGCAUCGGUGUCGUAAUCGAAUACAAUGCUUCAUACCCUGUGACUACUACUGGGAGCGUGCUGUACAUUGCGACAGGAUUGAAUCGGUUACAGACAUACAACGUCACUAUCACUAAUCUCGACGCCGCGAAACGUUCGUUGGAAAGUGUUGUUAUCUAUGACUCCAGCGUCACAUCGACAUCGUCAAGUAUAGCUUCUGCUCAAUUUACCGCUCAUGCCUCCCAGAAUAGUACGAGCUCAUCUUCCGUGGAGCAUUCAAAUCACAAGACUCUGGCGAUUGUAGCUUCCACGGUUGGCGGCCUACUUCUAAUCGGAGCCGUUGCAUGCUAUUGCUAUUACCGGAUACGCCGCAGCGGAACUCAGUCCCGGGCUCAUGUCGAUCUCGGUACCCCUCCACCUACGGCCACUACGGUGUAUGAUGGGGCAUUUCCGCCCCUCGCUGAUCCCUACAUGAAGGCUUAUGAACCUCUAGGGGGUUCACAACCACCGGCCUCUUCCCCGUCUAUAGGCUCGUCUGUCUCACGAACGCGCCCGUUGGCUGCCGAAGGCUCCUCGUCGAGCGUUCAAGAUCCCAGUGACAGGAGCUAUCCACCCCUAAUGCAGCGGGGCCGGCGGACCCGCCACGACUCGAUACAGGAGGAGGAGGCUGCAGAUUCUAUUCCAAUAACACCGCCACCUGGUUAUACAUUCUCAGUCCGAUUUGCUAACUUGGGGCCAACCCGUCCUUCGAGCGUCAUUGGAAACAUGAAAUCGCAAAGCUUGAACGAGGACAUAUGGUUUCACAUCAUAUAUCUCGUCACUCCAGCAGAUGCGCUUAGCCUAUCCGCAGUUUGCAAGGAAGCGAGGCCAUUCGCCAGACGCCGCUCACUGUCGGAGAUCCAUUUGCACUCCAGAAAUUUCGACAAAAUUUGCAACUUUCUACUAGCAGACAUCUCCGAUCGCCUCCACUGGGUGCGCGAUCUCACGCUUGCAGUGGAUAUAUUCGAGCCAGAAGCCAGUCUGAGUCUAUACCAAUUCGAUCUCGAAGCUGGCGGGAACGUAAAGUUUGAAUGGGUACCUGUUUUUCUGAAGAUCCUACAGCUUUCCGACAAUCUCCGUCGACUAUCAAUAUAUGGUACUGAGCUGCUGCUCAGAAUGGAGCCCGCGAUCGGGGAUGCGCUUGUUGCCCUCACGGGGCUCAUGUCAUUGGAGCUCAAUUACGCUGGGUCACACACAAUAAGAACACUAGCCAGGCUACAGAGCACGGUGCGGCAUCUCAUUGUCCACCACGUUAAAGCGGGGAAUACUGUACGGAACUAUCAUGAGUACAUGACUCAUGGGGUGACAUUUUCCGGUGUCGAGACCAUUGAGUUCGGUGACCUCGUCAGUGAAUCUUACCCGCACACCAAAAACGUCUAUCUAGACAGACAGUGGCCUAACGUGCGCCAUCUAACCCUAUCUCAAGGGUGUCUCAUCUCACUGUCGACGUGCGCGCGACUGUUGCCCGGCAUUCGUUCGCUCCACCUGAAGUCCGCCCCUGGAUAUGAUCCUCACGGUUUACCUUUAUGGCCAAACCUCGACUUUGUAUGGAUCCAAUGUCGAGAUCUUCAUUAUAUAACGGAGAUCAAUUGUCCAGUCCAUUUUCUGAAACUCCGCGACGACACCGGCCUACGGUAUGAGUUUCCACCCCGCAUCCUCAAAAUCAUCAAAACGCCAUCGCCUGUUGUUCUAUCAAUAAUGGUCCAUAUCCCUCUCAAUACCAUGCUUUUUUGGAUAGCGCUUCUUCAAAGUGCUCCACGACUGCGGUGUCUCGAUUUCAUUGUGAUCUAUGAUGACACCGAAAAAGACCGUCUCUGCAAGUGGAUCGAAGACAUAUCGGAUGUUUUCGCGUCCUCACGCCUCUUUUGCAUCAGGAUCCGCAUCCAUGACCGGUUCUGUAAGCUGUCGGAUAUACACUUCCUGCUUCCUUCCUUGGAACACUUCGCGCGUGGCGUGCGUUCACUACAAUAUCUUGCCUUCGGUCUCGGCAAUAUAGACACUCUGUCCAAAGCCAGACCCGGUCGCUUUUGUGGGAAGACAUGGUGGUGGUGGGUCACCACAUGUGAGGAGAGCAGAUCGAUUGAGGCCAUAUCGCGCGAGUCGGGAAAGCAUAUACUCGCGGCCAUUCGUUCUGCGGACUUUGGUGACGGGAAGAACCUGGAUGGUUUGUUGCGCUUUGUCUUCUUACGUCUAGUAUCGGCUCGCAGGGGAAAGGAGGUUGAGGCCGUCUCAGAUAACUAUUACGCAAAUGAGCAUGAUAUGUCUGGGGUUAUACACACUCGCUCAAUAGUCUGA